UCAUUUAUAAUGGUGAAUAUAAUCUUAAUGGGAUGAAGGUAGGGAGAUGGGAUAUUAUGUAUUGUAAAAUGAGAGAAAACUAAUAUAAAUAGAUGUAAAUAUGAAUUAAUAAUAAAAUAUUCGAAUAUAUAGUGGUGGGGGAUCAUAUGAUCAAGAGGGAAAUUAGAAAAAAAUUGGAAGGUGGACAGAAUUGGAUGAAGGGUUUGAUAGUUAAAAAUAAUUAACUUAUAAGGGUGAAUACAAUGUGAAUGGUAUGAAGGUAGGUAGAUGGGAAAUUAUAUCUAAUUAAUAUGGAGAAUAUAAAUAAAUGUAAAUAUUGGUAAUAUUCAAAAUUUAUAGUGGUGGGGGAUCAUAUGAUUCAGAGGGAAAUUAGAAAAAAAUUGGAAGGUGGACAGAAUUGGAUGAAGGGUUUGAUAGUUAAAAAUAAUUAACUUAUAAGGGUGAAUACAAUAUGAAUGGUAUGAAGGUAGGUAAAUGGGAAAUUAUAUCUAAUUAAUAUGGAGAAUAUAAAUAAAUGUAAAUAUUGGUAAUAUUCAAAAUUUAUAGUGGUGGGGGAUCAUAUGAUUCAGAGGGAAAUUAGAAAAAAAUUGGAAGGUGGACAGAAUUAGAUGAAAAGUUUAUGAGUAUGAAAUAAAUCACUUACAAUGGUGAAUAUAAUAUGAAUGGGAUGAAGGUAGGUCAAUGGGAUAUUAUGUAUUGUGAAAUGUUAUUUGGAAAUAAAUCUUCUAGCUUCAUUUUAAUGA